AUGGAUUACCUUCUUUUUCUCGGAUUACUUUCAUCAGCUAUUGCUAUGCGAUGGAUUAUUGCUCUAUAUCCUUAUUCAGGGUAUAACAAACCACCAAUGUUUGGAGAUUUCGAAGCACAGCGUCAUUGGAUGGAAUUAACAGUCAAUCUACCGAUUAAUGAAUGGUAUCAAAAUUCAUCUUUAAAUAAUUUAACUUAUUGGGGUUUAGAUUACCCAUUAUUAACAGCUUAUCAUUCAUAUAUUUGUGGAUGGAUUUCGAAUAAAAUUAAUCCUAUAUGGUGUGCUUUGAAAGAAUCACAUGGACAUGAAAGUAGUUCACAUAAACUAUUCAUGCGUUAUACUGUCUUUAUUGCUGAUCUUCUUAUCUAUUAUCCAGCUGUUUUCUAUGCUUAUCGAUCGGAUUUACUUAAUAAGAAUACCGCAACAAAAAAAUUUACAGUAUUAUUAACAAAUCUUUUUUAUCCUCUUUUAAUUCUAAUUGAUCAUGGUCAUUUUCAAUAUAAUUCUAUUAGCCUUGGUUUAGCAUUGAUUACAUUUGUAAUGGCUACUCAAAAAAAUUUAAUUCUUUUUUCAGCUAUGUUUUUUACAUUAUCACUUAAUUACAAACAAAUGGAACUUUAUCAUGCUAUACCUAUAUUUGUCUAUCUGUUAUCAGCAUAUUGUUUUGAAGAAAGAAAGAUCAAAUUGAAGACAUUUUUAUCAUUGGGGCUCGUUGUAAUUACAACAUUUUUUAUCAUAUGGAUACCAGUAUUAAGACAUGAGCCUCUUGCUGUCAUUAAACGACUUUUUCCAUUCGAAAGAGGUUUAUAUGAAGAUAAAGUUGCCAACUUUUGGUGUACAAUUAAUUUAAUUGUUAAACUACGAUCAAAAUUUGAACAUGGAACAUUAGCUAAAUUAUGUUUAUUGACAACAUCAUUGAGUAUUUUACCAUCAUGUUAUAUGCUUUUUCGUCGACCAACAGUUCGAAAUUUUUAUAUUAGUCUUUUUAAUGUUUCUCUUUGUUUCUAUUUAUUCUCAUUCCAAGUUCAUGAAAAAACAAUUUUACUUCCAUGUUUACCAUUGAUUUUGCUUUCAGCAACAUAUCCUGCUGAAUGUUUUGCUUUUCUACAAUUUGCUAUGAUUAGUGCCUUUCCUUUAAUGAUAAAAGAUAAUCUUGUAUUUAUCUUCUGGUUAACAUUCUUGGGUUUUUCUAUUCUUGCUUUUCAACGAUUAUACAUACAUUUAAAUCAAAUAUCAAUAAUUCAAUUAUUUUUCUCAAUUUUAUGCAUAAUAAUAACAUGUCCACUGUUAAUCGCUGCUAUUUAUAUUCAACCACCCGUACGUUAUCCAGAUUUAUGGAUUGUUCUUAUUAGUGCUUGUUCAUGUGUUUAUUUCUUGAUCAUACUUGUUCAAUUUCAUAUAUAUCAAUUCAAAGAAAUGACACUUCAAAUAAAAAAAACUAACUAA